ACGCACUGAACGACCCUUAGUAGCCAACAAGCGAUAUGUCGUGUGGGAGCCCCGCCCAGGCUGACGAACACGGAGAGCCUGAGCAGGCGCUGAUGCCCAAGAGACGGCCCAUCCCGUCCAGAGGCUCGAGAAUAUGUCAGAGGUGCAGGGAGGCCAGAGCCAUGUUCAUCAUCAGAUCCGCUCUCUACUGCAGAUCCUGCUUCGAGCAGAAUAUGCGACAACGACUCAUGCGUCAACUAUACCCUGCUUUGAGACCCGAUGAAGCUCGGAGCAAGAACCCCUCGAAACGAGACAACGUACGACCUCCUAUUCAGCGCGGAAACGCUCUGAUAGCUCUAUCUGGAGGCGCAGGUAGUAUGGCAAUGCUUGAUAUGAUGAUUGCCUCGGGGUUCAUUGGCCAGGGCGACGGGAGGCGAGCCGAUCUGAAAAAGGGGGAGAAGGAGAUCUUAUGGGAUCACGCUACGGUCGUACAUGUGGACUUUAGUGGGGUCAGUGAUGGUAUCGAGGACAGGACGGAAUGGCUGCAAGGAGUCGCAGCUGCGCGUGGCCUCAAGUUCAUUGCGGUGAAAGCGGAGGAUGUGUUCGAUGUUGGACUUGCAGCCCGACUUGGUCUCCAGAAGGCUUCGGAGAGGCCCAUGCCCGUGCUCGAAGUCGGUAUUCACGAUGCAGGCAUGUCUCUCAAAGCUACUACUUCGUCAGAAACGCCAUUACAAUCGUUGAAACGAAUGCUUGCUACGCUUUCACCCGCAUCUCGCCCAGCUUUUCUUUGCAACGUCCUUGACGCUAUCCUGGAGCAGGUCGCGCGAGGUCUGCCCGAUGUCUCCCAUCUCCUUCUUGGCGAGACUUCGACACGACAGGCGCAACGUAUCAUCUCUGGUACUGCUCUUGGACGAGGCUGGUCUCUCCCGCUAGAGUUGGCUUCGAGUUGUAAAUCUGAAGGCUAUUACCAAGUGCGAGCUAUGAAAGAUAUCAGCAUCAAAGAGGCGUCCAUGUACUGCUGGGUCAAUCGGCGAGCUAUGCAAAAUCACAGGAAAUGGACUGCUGGGGAUCUGCACUCCGGCUCCAGGGGCAAGGGUUCAACAAGCUUGGAGGGAUUGACGGAGGAUUUCAUUGCCGGUUUAAGCGUGACCCAUCCAGCAACUGUUUCAACAAUAACGCGGACGGGAGAGAAGCUCAUGUUCGCUGGGGGAGACGAUCGAGACAGCAUUUGUCCCCUGUGUCGAUUACCUAAAGAGCAAGAUCCCCUCGAGUGGAAAUCCAAAACAUCCCUCACUUCACUCAGGCCUGCGCUGACUUCUACAGAAGACGAAGAAUCAGCACGGUUUGAUCUUGCCCCUCACCUCUGCUAUGGCUGCUUGACUACCCUUACAGCCUCCGCAAGCAAGAAAGGUGCCCCUCAGUCAGCAAUUUUGCCGCAGUGGAUCAGCGAUCGUAUACGUCGUGAAGCUAUGCGAUCUGAGAUAUCAGAAUUCCUACUAGACGACACAUAGACGAUGCAUCAAGUGCGAACGAG